AUGCCAGUCGACAAACCCAAGCUUGAUCGGACUGUUCUUGAAAAUCAUGGGAUCACCUUCUCCGAAAAGGUCUAUCGCCCAGAUCUGCCACAGCACGGUACUCCAAAAAGUCACCUGCCAGAACACGUCGAGUCCGUCAGGCAAGCUCUCCUGCGCUUUGGAGCCGUCUUACCAAAAACACGCGAGGAACUGUUCGAGAAAGAAGCUUUGGAGUACUCGACAAUUAUUGGCAGCGUAAACAAUGAAGGCUACAGCGCAAAGCCACCGCAGUCGGCUUAUGAGAAAGAAAAACACGAAGGGACAGACUGGCGCGUACUUCGUCAUUAUUAUACGGACAAGGAGGUAGACGAGAUGCAGAAAGAAAUAGUGUGUGAAGCCCGACGAAACGCGGACUCUAAGGUCAAUGAAGCAACUUGGUUGAAGUUCAUGAUGAAGUACCUAUUCAAAGAAUUCCACGAUAAUUUUACUGAAGUGACAGAGUACAAAGAAACGGAUGCUCGUUGGAAUGAAGCACACAAGUACGCCAACUACGAUGGAAGUAUAACUGGACCCACCGGCCCGAAACCAGACCUCACAUACGGAUUCCCGAUCCACCAGUCCCUUCACCAUCUUGCCGAAGGCUUCAAAGACGAUGAUUCUGUGACGAACUUUUCGUUGAAAGAGCUUGGAAAGCUUCGCACCCAAGGGCUCAUCUCGGCUCCCCUAAGCGGGCUCAGCAACUGGGUUCAAAACCCCAGUUUUGAGAUACUUCGAAGCCAUCGGAUGUGCUUUCCGUGGGCUGUUGUCGAGCUCAAGCCGUCAAUGGUUCCGCAAAGCGAGAUUUACUUUGCGUAUUGUCAAGCGGCUAAUGCAACAUCAGCUGCAUUGAGACUCCUCGAGAAAUUGCUUGAACGUGCUGGUGGACCUGAAAGGCGCAUUCCUCCAGUUGUGGCUUUCACUUGCAUAGGACCGUUCAUUAGAACAUGGUUGGCUUAUUCCAGUUCACCACAGGAAAAGUCUCGCUGUCAUAGAAUGGUGUGCAUCUGGUCAGGAACUCUCACUACAACAUGGGGAGUAAUAGCAACCCGCCACAUUGUCGACAACAUGAUUUUCUGGGCGACAAGAGUUUUGAGACCAAAAUUGUCUGGAUAUAUAAGCCAAAUUCGGCUUAACAAUAGGCUCAAUGGAACAGAUCUGAUAACCCCUCAGAUCCGAUUGGGGAGCAUGCAUCACCGUGACCAAAGUCAUGGGUCAGCUCAAACAGCUUCUCCUGCUUCUGUUAAGUUGUCUACUCACGUAGACAGCUCUGUCAAAGGCAGUGCUUUGCCUAGUUCUGAAUCGAACAAAGCUAAUCAUGUAGAAAACAACAUACCCGCCGCAGAAACUCAGCACGAUCAACGACCUUCAUCAACGCAAGAGAAUGUGCUCGUGGCGGGACGCGGUAUCUGGAGCCGGCCUCCUGCCUCUGAAGAAGCGAUGCUUGCUCAUCUACGGCAAAAUUUAGAGCUGGAAACGGGUACGACCCCAGGACGUACUCCUUUUUCAUCUCAAGUGGCAGUUGUGGGAAACAGACCGCUCCAGGGCCAGGCGUCGCCGAAAUUGCAGAACGCAAAUUGCGACGAGAUCAAUUCAGCUCCGGAAACAGCGAGCACGAGGGAGCUCUCUGAGCCACAGACCUCGAUCACGGAUGCUUCCAGGAGUCCAUCUGGUGGAAACGCAUCAGAAACUUCAAGCCCGGUUUACGAACGAACUGCGGCGUUUUUAGCCCGCCGACGCAUACUGAUUCCGAAAAGCCCUCGUCCCAGGCCUCCGCGCAAUAUUUCGCUGCCAAUAUCCUUCUCUGGGCAUAACUUAGAUGAUGGGUCUGGCAAUCGACCUGCACCCGUGGAGACCGGUGCUAACGUUAAAAACUCCCCUCUGCCAGGAGAGCCAAGAUUUUUCAAGGUUCCUGGAGUGGAAGCAGCUGCGAGCCAGGAGCACAAAGCACUCCGCGGUGGCCAGGAAACAAUGCCCCGAACCCAUGAGGAGACACAAAGCAUCUCGGAGGCCGAUGGUACCAGGGGGAGUUCCGCCCAAACCAGCCACGACGACAGCGAUCUAGAUGCGGUCGUCGGAACGACCUCUGAACAUGUCGCCGACGCUCCGCUACUGGGUGAACCCGCAGACUCAUCCACUAACGAGCUUCGGAAUGAGAUCGAUGGUCUGACAAGCGCGCUGAGUGCCAUUGAAGUCGGCACAGUCUCUGAAUCGCGGGACAUUCAAAGUGCAAGACACAGAGAUGUGGCCAAUCCGACCAACCAAACUCGAACCUAUUCAUAUCAUGUGUACAGAUUCCUGGAUACGCCGGAUUGGAUCCUCGCAGACGCGUUACCAGACUAUUCGGCAAGUGUGUCUGACGAGUCCGACUCUGAAUACCUGGGGGACGAUUCUGGGUACACAUCAUCGGCUGAGCAGGCAGAACACGACCCAUCAGAGCAUGAACAAUUGGAGGUCACAGGCAUCUCAGUCGCUGAGGAUCAUGUAUAUGGCGCAACAAAUGCAGAAAUCCAGGGAGAGAGUGAGACUGCUUCAGAACGGAAUGUGGACGGAAGUGAAACGUCGUCAGCUGAUGAACCUUUUGAAUCCGGAGACUAUGAGCCCAGCGACAUAAGCUCAGACAGUUCUGACGGAACCGAGAGUGACUCUGCCAGAGACUCAAGUGGCGUUCUGGUUAGGCAUGGGUCUUUUCUGAACGAAUCAGACACUAACAAGAUCUUUCUCGCUGCUACCGAGGCCCUCUGGGGCAAUGAAAUCGUCCAGUUGGAGACGAUAAGGACCAGAGUCGAUGGCCUCUCUGGAGAUCAACUACACGAUAUCAUCUACUCUACCCUGAAGCGAAUAGGUCGGCCAAUCAGAGAUCAAAUCUCACCGAGUGAUCUUGCGGUGAGGGACAUUUUCCUUCCAACACUGAGUAAAGCUAUUGGACGUGGCACUGCAGACACAAUCACGCUCAAUGAUCUGAACAUUUUUGGACAAUGGCGGCGUAUAGUAAGGUCUCUAAAUGGCAUUAGGAACUCGGACAGACAAUCGUUGCUAGAGGCAUGCUUCGCGGCUCUAGCAUGCUGGAACUCGCUUGCAGUCGUUCAUACUCUCUGGAACGUGCGGCCGCCGUCAAGGGAUGAAUGCCUCUCUAUUGGCAAAGAAGCACUAGAGCUGUUAUAUUCGCACCCUGUGAAAUGCGAACUCAAUCCUGCUACAGAUGCUGGUCAAGGGGGACAAAGCUGA